UUCUAGCUCGCAGGUUGUAUAAAAAGCAGCAGCAGGCUGGAUUUGGCCCCACUGCCUUAAUUUGCUAAUCCCAGUUCAACUCUAUCGGUACUGGUGUUAUACAAUUUUUGACAGUGUCAGCUCUCCCACCAUUGAUCAACUUCAAACCAUGUCACCUCAUAAAAUUUAUUCGCUUUAUUUAAAAAAAAUAUUUUCUAAUAAUUUAAAUACUGGUACUUAACUCAUUUUUCUCUUAUUUAUUUCUCCUGCAGAUGAUUCUAUUAUUUUGAUAGAAAAUUAACAUGCAAUGGCAGAAUUUAUACAAAAGGCCAUAAUAAGUAGCAAUAACACUGUGGUUAUUACACCAGUGAUUAGUUUAAUGACUGAUCAAGGCAGUUGUGUCAAAGCAUCACUUUCUGAGAGUGUUAAUAAGACCUGCCAAACCAUUCUUAAUACUGACACCAAAGGGAACUUUUUGGAUAGUCAAGAAACCAUUUCUAUAGGUGUAGAAGACAAGGAAACAACCACCUUGAUUGUUGAGGAGGAAGAUUUAAUAUUAAAUGGACAGGCUCAGCAGUAUGGGUCAUCUUCAGGCACUGUUGGGUGGAGCAAAGCUGCUGUUCUUAAGCUGAUUCAGCUUCACAAUGAACACCAACAUCUUUUUGAUGAUCCUCACUACAAAAAGAAAUCUGUAAGUGAAUUUGAUUUUUAAUGUUUUUUCUUUCUUUCCAUAACAAAAUAUUGCUAUUUGCUGUACAUAUUGUGCAUUAACAAGAAAAUAAGUUUUGUUAAAUUCCAGUUCAUGUUUUGAUGCCAGGUUUGGGAGAUGGUCUCCAUGUGUAUGCAGAAAGAAGGUUAUGCUUACUCUUGGAUACAGGCAGAGAACAAAUGGAAGGCAAUCACCAAAAAGUACAGGGACACAGUUGAUCACAAUGCCAAACAUGGCCACAUUAUAAUGAGAAAGUCAGUGCCCUACUUUUUUUUAAGUAGCUAUACUAGUUUAUGGAGUUGGAAUAAAAUUAUUUACAAAAUUUUAAUAAACCAAUCAAAUGUUACUUAGUCACGUGGACGGUUUUAGAGAAAAAUAAAAUAUGCACAUUGGCACUCUUUUUUAAAAAUUAAGAUUUAGGUACUUUUAAAGUUAUAGUGAAGUUCAUUACAGUGGACCCAUUAUAUUUGUCAUUAAUCCAUUCCCUAGGAAUUUUUACCAUAGGUAUUAACUAAAACUGCCUCGCUGUACAAAAUUUACAACAAUAAACAACUUAAGGGACUCAACUCUAAAAUUAAAUUUUUAAAUUCUAAACUUAAACACACAAAAAACCCAAAAAUUCUGUUUCCAGAAACCAUGCUCACUUAUUUCCUUAAAAAUAGUUGUAAAAACUCAUAUAUAUUGAAAAGGAAUAAAGUAGUAAUCAAGAGUUGAUGUGAGUAUGUUGAAUCACCAAUAGAGACUGACUGACUUACAUGGCAGGUGGGACGAAUCUUGACUACUGGGGUGAAUAUCAAACAAAAAUUUCAAAGAAAGAACAGGCUGAAUAUAAUAAAAGACCAAUAUCAACAUAGACAAAUAUUGAGGGUCCACUAUUGUACAUUGAAAAUAUUACUGAUACUGUAGAUAGCUCACUAGCUUUGAUAUAGUGCAACAUAAUUAAAUUUAGAGAAGAAAAAAAUGGAAUUAUCUGAAAACAAAGAAUUUUACUUGAGGGAUAUUUCUAUUUCAGAUGCCCAUUUUAUAAUGAACUUGCAACAGUUUACCGGUAUGUUUCACCAUGCCUAUCUCAAGCAGCACCAUCCUGUCAGGCUGCCUUUAAGUCACUUGUAAGUGACAACUCUUUUCAGCAGACCACCAUAGCUGUGGUCACGAAUCAGAUACCAAAUACAGCAAAAAGACCAUUACAAUGUGAUAGUGAUCCGACAGCAAGUACUUCAUCAACUGAACUUAAGGUGAAUGCUUGUGGUUAUUUUGGAUAAUUCACCAGUUGUUCAUGUUCAUACUUUUUAUCCUGGUGAAUUCAAACUGUCUUUUGGAUACCCUCAUCUUUUUUCAUAAAAAAUUUAUAAUAUAUACUUAGAAAACACAUUAAGACUCUUGACAAUUGCAAUAAAAUAGCAAAAUUUCAAAUUAAUUUAGUUGUUUAAUCAAAUAAAGAUAAUAGGCCUCAUGUUUUUUCAUGUACCGGUAAUGAUGCUUUUUUAAAAUAUAGUGUAGUCCGUCCCAAUAGUAAAGAAGUCAUAAAAAUGACUUCCACUUCUUUUUAAAAGCAUCAACAAGAUGCAGUAUGUAUAUUAAUUCAAUAAAUAUUACCUUAAAAAAUUAAAGUUAAACUCAUGGGAAGACUCUUAAUUUGUGGUACAUACAGUUAAUGGAUGAGAUCUUGUUUUUAAAAUAAAAAUAGUCUACUUGAUUUAUAAAAAUAAAAUGAUGAGCAGUGUACAAGUGUUGAAAACAUAUUCAAGGGAAAAGAUAAGUGCUGCAUGUGUACUGUUUUUGUCUUUUGAAAAUAAAAUUUCAAAGUAUCAAAGAAAUUUCCCAGAUUUUGUAAUUUAUGUUUUUAUUUAACAAUGCUGUCAUAAAAGGGGCUAUGAAAAAUAAUGUCCAUAUCUGUUUUUGAACAGAAUAACAACGUUGAUGGUCAAGGCCCUCGAGAAGAACCUGUUGGCCAUAAAGUAAGGUUUUUCUUUUUUUCAAUAAAUUAGCAAACUUAUUUCCAAAUAUUAUACCUGAAUAAAAUCAUAUACAGUUGAUGGCUCUUCAUUUUAAAAGACACUUCUCGGGAGAAUGUAUCUUGACCUCUGGAGAUACAUUAGAAAAAUAAAUAGGGGAACAAGAUAUGUUUAGGCUUGAAAAGAAAAGAAAGGAAGUAGUGGAAAAAAGAUAUGUUAAGGUUUGACAUGUAAGGACAGGGCGAUUAAAGGAAAUUUCGGAUAAAUUCCUUCUUCAGCACAGAAAACAAGUAACAACAAAUAUUUAGAUGUGUGCUUGAAGAUCUCAAUAUAGCUCUUAAUUUAGAAACGAAAGAGCUUUAUGAUAUGUCGUUAUUGUUAUACCGGUCUUGGUGUAAUUUUUUCACCAUUUUGUUUGUAUUUCUUGCUUGGCAGGUUCUCAUUAAGAAAAAGAAAUACAGCCCAAUAGCAGGAGAUAAUGUUAGUGAUGUGGGGCAAGUUCUUCAUAUGCUUAGGGUUUUAAAUGAAGACAGGAGAAAACAAGAAAAGUUACGGAUGGAUCGCCUGGAGAAGAUGCACCAAGAGAGGAUGACAGUUUUUAGAGAGUUCUUAGAUGUUUUAAAAAAUUCAGUGAAUAACAAAAGCUCAUGUCAAAAGAAGGGAGGUAAUGAUGGUUGUGAUACAUGUACAUGUCGUGGCAAUAGGUUGUAAUAUAGUUCAUUUUAUUGGUGUUUAUAAUCUAAGUCAACAUGAAUCUGUUGUAAUAAAGGAGUGUUUGGAAGAGAACAUCUCUCCCUUGAUAGGUUACCCUCGUUGGAAAACUUUUUUUUUAGUUCCUCUCCAUUGUCGUUAUUUGAAGUUAAAGGUCUAUCUUAGUAUACCAUUUUCAUCAUUCAUCAAAAGCAGUAAAGCCAAUGCAGGACUCUGGUCUGCUUCAACACAUCCUCCCUCUCAGACCCAUGAGCCGUCUGCCCCUUGGUUUCUAUCUGUAAACCAUUUUACUAUGUGUCAAACUCAUUGGAAUAUAGCACUACUUAAAUGUUUCUCUAAUUUUCACAGUAUCCAUUUCUAUUUCUAGAAUUAAAUAGUUUCAAAAAGAUACAUUUUCUUCAGAAUUAAGAAAAACUAUUAAAGCUUUCACUUUCAUUGGCAAAAGUGUUUGCAUCGGUGCUGAAUGUUUUAUUUUUAAUCGUUGUGAAGAGAUACCUUGUUGGUUAUAAAAAAAAUGGACCCCCAGAUGUAAAAUAUAAAUAAACAUAUCUGUCCAGUGUGAAAUCUCUCUCAGAGCUAAUCAGCAAGGAACGGAAAUAAGAAAACAUUCUUGAAGUUAUAGAAACUUUAACUUUAUUUAAGAUGAAAAAACCCCAACUUUUACAAUAUUUGCAAUGCUCAGAAUUUCAAGAUUUGUAAAUGAAAUUUUAGCUGAUGGUUAUUUCUUUAUUUCAUAUGACUAAAGAUCUGACUUUGGUAACAGAUAUUACAAGAGAAUGACUUUCUCUUAUUUUGCACCAAUAUCAAAGUUUUGUGCUGUCUCUAUUUUACAAGAUUGGUUGGCAAAUUCAACCCAAUAUACUCCUGGCACCUCAUAGCUGGUAUCAAAGUUGGAAUAUCCCUCCCAUGCUGUCCCCAUAACUACACCAUGGGUUGCCCAAGGUGUUCCCUCCAUUUAAAUAUUUCCCACUGUUUGUGUAGACCAAUACAAUUGUCCACUGUUCAGAUAUAAUUCUCAUUUUCAAUGCAGUCUACCAAAAUUUCCACCAAGCAGGACUUCCCUAACUCUGCUGCUUGCAAUUUAAAUAUGUGACUCUAUUUGAUGAUCAAGUAGUUCGAUAUAUAUUACCCUGACUGUUAUCUGAGUAAACAAACUUCCUCCAGGAAAAUCUUUUAUGGCUGUUUAAUUUAAAUGCCCCAUUUUUUAUCUGUUCAAGUUAAUGUUAAAAAUAUUUGUAAUCCCUGUGUGAUGUUUCUAUUUAUUAAGAGUUUUGCUAUGCUUUAAAAUGGUCUUUCAAAUUAAUGUUCAAAAUUUGGUGGCCUCAUUUCAAAACUAUUGUUAAAGCAUUAGACUGUGAUACUGUUCAUUUGUAAUAUUUGUAACAUUAUAAACAUGUAUUUAUUAUAGAAAAAAUAAACAUUUGUUUAUUUAAACAAGUGGAACAAA